AUGGCUUCACGCGCAAUGUUGAUGCCGGCCCGUCGUCUGGCCGCCAGUCUCUCCACUCCUGCCUUUGCUCGUCGCAGCUUCACCAGCUCAGCACGUUUGCUUGAAGUGCCAGCAGGAGCUAUGCCUGUCCGCAAGCCUGUCGUANUCCUCGGAUUUCUCUCUGGUGCCGUCUUGAGCGGAGGAGCCCUCUACUACUAUGUCAUUGACGAGUACCGCGUCUCGAACGAGCUGUUGACCGAGGACAUUUACGCCCUUCAAUCCGCCGUCUCACGCAUAGAAGGCUACGUCAAAUCGCUCGAAGAGAAGGUCCGCAAGUAA